AUGGAAGGUAAGGAUAUUCAAAGUAGAGGUAUUGUGCAGCCACCGCGCAGCACAAGACCCCUAGCAGCAGCAGCAGCAGCAGCAGCAGCAGCAGCAACGGCAGCAGCAGCAGAUGCUUCGGCAGCACUACCAGCAGUAACAGAUUCUGAAGCAGUUGCUGCACUUGGUAGGGAGCUGCUGCUAUUCAGCAGCAGCCUCCCACGACAAGAUCAAAGACAUCCUCCUGCUGCAGCUGUAACAGCAGCAGCAACAACAACAGCAGCAGCAGCAGCAACAACAGGAGCAGAAGAAGCACCAUCAUGUGCUGCUCAAGCAGCAGAAGUAACAGAAACGAAAUCGUCAGCAGCAGCAGCAGCAGCACCGGAAGGAAGCCCGAGGAGACAAUCCGCUCAAAGACAAGCGGAAGGGCCUCGGGUCAGCAGCACCAGUGCAGCAGCAGCAACACCAGCAGCAGCAACAGCAGCAAGUUUCGCUGGAGGGAAGCUUCAUCUGCAGAGCCAGUCGCCCACACCCCGGCAGCAGCAGCUGCUGCAGCAGCUGCAGCUGCAGCAGCAGCAGCAGGAAGUUAAGACAGCAGUAGACUCAUGCGCGUCGCCGCGUCUCUCGAAGAUGACGGAGCGGCAGCAGCAGCAGCAGCAGCAGCAGGUGCAGCAGCAGGUACAACAGCAGCUGCAGCAGCUGCUGCAACUCCAGCAGCUUCAGCAGCAGCAGCAGCGCGUAGCACCUGCAACACUCCGCCAGCAGCAGCAGCAGCUGCUGCGUCUACUGUUGCUGCUGCUGCCUUCCGAUGUAAAUCAUCACGGCGAAGACACCCCAAAAGCUGGAGAGACAGCAGCAGCAGCAGCUGCAGCAGCAGCAGCAGCAGGCAGCAGCAAAAUGAAUCCAAGCCCCCCAAGGAGGGCACUGGGGCGUCUUUGUCAAGAGCUGAAGGAAGGUCGGCAGAAGCAGCAGGUGGCGCAGCAGCAGCAGCAGCAGCAGCAGCAGCAGCAGCAGCAAGAGGCCCGGUUGCUGCAAGAAACUUUCACUGAGGAAGCAGGGCCUAGAACUGAGGAUUUGCUGCUUGCGCUGCAGCGCCGCAGCAGCGGAGCAGCAGCAACAGCAGCAGCUCUAGAGCCAGUCUUCCAGUCUGUUGCUGCUGCUGCUGCUGCGGCGUCUCCAGUCGAUCCCGACGCUGCUUCUCUUGGCAGCGCUGCCCAGCAGCUGCAGCACACGCACUGGCAGCAGCAGCAGCAGCAGCAGCAGCAGCAGCAGCAGCAGCAGCAGCAGCAGCAGCAGAAGCAGAAGCAGCAUUUGCUGCUGCAGCGGCGCUACAGCUGGGAUUCUUGUGAUGUCCCUGCGGAGCCUCAGUUAAGUCGUAAGCUGAGGCAGCAGCUACAUUGCUGGAUGCAGCAGCAGCAGCAGCAGCAUCAGACUGUCGGCAACGCCCCGAGCAGCAGCAGCUGCGGCUGCUGGGAAGAAGGAUAUUCAGUAAACUCCUCUGGCUGCAGGUCCCUGCAGCAGCAGUGCCCAGUUGCUGCUGCUGCUGCUGCGGUUGCUGCUGCUGCAGCUCCAUCCACAUCCGCAGCAGCAGCAGCAGCAGGACUUGGCGGUGGCAGCAACGACGGCUCGUGCUCGAGUGUGUCUGCAGCAGCUGCUGCUGUGCAGCAGCGAGGGUUUGCUGCUGGCAAGCCAGCAGCAAAGAAGCGUGUUGCUGCUGCUGCUGCUCCCUCGCAGCGACAGAGCAGCAGAAGGGGCCCCAGCUGCUGCAGCAACUGCGGAGCGAAGCAAACCCCACAGUGGCGAUAUCUUGAGGGUCUGCCUGUCUGCAAUGCAUGCUAUAUGAGAGCAAGAAAGAAACCCAGAAGAAACACUUUAUCAGCCAGCAGCAAGCAGCAGCAGCAGCAGCAGCAGCAGCAGCAGCAGGAGCUGCAGCAGCAGCAGCACGAGCAGCAGCAACACGAGCUGAAGCAGGAACAUAAGCCUCAACUUCAUGAUACACGUCUUUUGUUGCUGCACCAGCCGAUGCAAUUCGCUGAGAGGCUGCAGCAGCAGCAACAACAACAACCGAGACAGCAGCAGCAGCAGCAACAGCAGCAGCAGCAGCAGCAGCACUCUUCUGCAGCUGACCCACAUCGCCCUGAGGGCUCCCCAAAACUCAAUUUGUAG